AUGGAGCAACUUAAAAGUUCUUGCAUUAAGAAAAUUAAUGGUAGUAACACCAUUGAUCUGAAGUUGAGGCAAUGUGGGAGAAACCAUGAAGAAGAGAACCCAAAAGUGUCUCAAACUAACGAGGACCCUGUGGAAAGGUCUGUCUCUCUUGCUUUAGCUAUAGUGAAGGAUUUUGCAAAUACCUCAUCUAGCCCAUCAAAUACAGUAAAAAAUUCUGAAUCAUUGAAGCGGGCGCAUGCAUCUCUGAGCCAAGAAAAUAGAAGUUCAGUGAAUGAUUUGAGCAAAUUAUGUAGUUCUAGUGCACGAUUGCAUAGAGAGUCUAUGACUGUGCAUGACAGAGUGGCCCUUAGGGAUGGCAUUUUGGUGCAAUCCAGAAUAGGAACAGCUAAGGAAAUUUUGUCAAAAGUGAGAGAGAAGUCAUGUUUGACACCAUCUCUUGUGGAUGACAAUAGAAUUUCUGGUGGGCUCGGAAAUGAAAAUGAAUGCUGUGAGGAGAAAUGUGGGGUUGCACAAGUUGGAAAUUUAUGCGGACAUGAAGAUAUCUCAGAUAUGUCCAUAAUGGACUGUAAUUCAGCUAUGGGUAUCUCCCCUCAUGAUGUUAUGGGAGUGAUAGGUGCAAAACAGUUCUGCGAAAUGAGAAAAGCUAUCGUCAGUCAACAAAGAGUUUUUGCAGCGCAAGUGUUUGAGUUGCAUAGGUUAAUAAAGGUGCAAAGAUUGAUUGCUGGAUCACCACACCUAUUGCUUGAAGACAAUGAUUUUCUAAGCAAACCUGCAACUAAAGUACCUCCAGUGAAGAAGGUGCCAUUGGAGCAUGCUCUAGAGCCGCCACCCUUAAUUGUUAAACCCAAAGACCAUCCUCAGAAGCCACAUUCUAGUGGUGAAUGUGUUGAAGAAAAUGCAGUUGAGAAGUUCCCUCUACCUCCUGUCAACAAUAGAACCAGCAGCAGAGGACUUGUCACCCAGCAAUCAAAUUAUGGUCAAUAUUCAAACAAGUCACCAUCAGCUUCUGCGACUACCAAUAGCAAACCAGCCCUAUGGUGUCUCCAACCCCCGCCUGGAAAUAUGUGGUUUGUUCCAGUAACGUCCUCUUCUGAGGAACUCGCUUACAAGCCGUAUACCGGGCCAUGCGCUCCAACUGGAGGUUUCAUGGCGCCGAUGUAUGGCAGCUGUGGCCCUGCGAGCCUAAAUCCAGGGGCCAGGGACUACUUAAAUGCAACUUAUAGCAAUCCAUCUUUGUAUCAACAAGGGAUGGGAAUUGGUACACCACCUUUGCUUCAGACAUGCUUUCCACCUUAUGGCAUGCCAAUCAUAAACCCAUCUUUGUCCAGUUCGGCUGUUGAGAAUAUGACCCCAUUUUCAGGAGGUCAUUCAAAUUGGCACGAAAAUCAGUUAUCAUUCGGGGAAAUUAACUUCACCUUGCCACAUCAAAGCUCAUGUAACAUGUCAAGCCAGAUGAGCCAAGUAAUGCCAUGUUAUGUUGGGAACAUCCAAGCUUCGAAAGGGAGGGAGAUACAGGGAACAACAGCACGUAGCCCUUCAGACAGGACCAUAGGCAAUGCGCUUCCCCUUUUUCCUACGGCUCCACAAUCUCAGGAACCUUGUAAAAGUGAGCAUCAGACACGUGCGAUCAAGGUUGUUCCUCACAAUACUAAAUCAGCAUCUGAAUCAGCAGCCCGGAUAUUCUUGUCAAUACAAGAGGAGAGGAAAUAA